AGUUUACUAAUACAUACAGCGGUUAUUGUGGCUAAUUUCAUUUCAAUUGUAUGUUGAAAUUUAUCAACACAGCGUUCAGAAAGGUCAUGAGUAUUUUAUUUUUUCUCAUUUCGCUCAGAAAUUCACGGGCAGUGGACGUUUCACUAAAAUGUUCUCGAUAUUAAUUGGAUAUUCACUUUUUGUAAAGUGCGUAAUUAACGCUCACGUGGAUGUUAGUGUAACGCAACUUCCAAACAAUGGUACAAUAAUCACAAGAACGGCCAACUUUAGGAAAAUUCCACAUUUCCACUCGCAUUUUUCCAUUUGGGUUGACCGGGUUGAGAGUGUUUUGGCAUGCGCAGCUAAAUGUAUGACAAAUUUGAUGUGUAGAAGUUUCUCCGCACAGAGAACCGGACAUGUAAAUUGUGCCCUUUUAGAUGGAACUCUGGCUACUAACCAUUAUUAUAUACAUAAAAAUUAUUUCUACGACCAUUAUGAAAUGCAGAAUAUGUGUACAUUGAAUCCGUUUAUUUGUGAACAUGGAAGUGUGUGCUUUCCAAACUUUGAUAACAACACCUACUAUUGUGAUUGGUGCUUUCCACCUUAUUAUGGCGCUCAUUGCAACCUCACUGAUUCAGAUGCGGCCAAGACGCCAAUACCAACUGAAAUUUCGCAAGGUAUAAGGGCUUCCUGCGAGACUUUGAGAGAAAAUUUUAAAAUUUCCGAUGAAAACAUCGGCUAUUACGACAUAUACCCUUGGAGGGAUAUGAGAAAGCUUAAAGUUGCCUGUCAGGGUGGAUGGAUAAGAAUCCUCAACAUUGCAUCGUCACAAAAUGGUUCUACAAACCAUCAUACUGUCACUAAAUUGGGAAAUCUGCGUGCAACCAACUUCAGAGUUACAACGACGGUGUUAAACAUGCUCUACAAACUAAUUGGCUUCAAAAAGUUUCGUUGGGUUUGCCAAAGAAACAAUAGCAAUGUGAAAAAUAUUGAGGGGAACCACAAGGAUCAGUCAAUCGAAAUGCUAAAGUAUUUGAUCGGUGAAACAAAUGAAUUACCACGAUCUUGCAAUUCAAUUAAAUACAAAAACAUCCCAGUUGAGUGUCACUAUGUCGUUAACAAGUCACUGUCAUCUACCGCGGUGCCAUAUGAAUCCCGAAACUACAGAGAAAUUAUAAAAUUUGGACCAGGCGGAAAUAUAACAUUCAGCGCUGGUGAUGGAAUCUUUGGAUGCCUUGACGAGCCAGGAGAUUAUAUGGCAAAUGACUUGUACGAAAUUUGGGUGAGGUGAUUUUGAUGUAAUUUUCAAAAAAAAAAAAACAGUUUAUAAUAGCCUGUCAUUUGAGCGAGUUGAGUUGGAUGUAUUUUUUUUAAAAACAAUUGGGUAUCUCCAAGAAAUUGCAUUGUAAAAUGAGCGGUUGAUUUAUUAUGUUAAGACAUUUAUGUAAGUCGUGUUUAAUUUUGAAUUCUUUUAUUUUAUUGCUUAUCAAUUAAAACACAAAUCCAUAUACUGUUUAUAUUUUUCUAGUCAACAGUUUAACCUCCAACAAACUUAAGCAUCUUCUUCACUUUCUAUGAAAUCUGAAGCAUAUUAGCGAACUUGAAGUGAAACUUUACAGUAUUAUAUAGGUAACCACUAACCGAAAGGUGUUGAAAAACCAACAGAAAUACCAAUGAUAUUACUCGCAUCUUCGGCAUCCUAGUUUCUACAUGCUAGUAGGCAAAGUUAGGCUAAGAUGUUUGUAAAUAUUACCCUAUGUAUUAUUUAAUUUUUAUGCAAUAUUUAUUAUGAACCUGUUGUAUGAACCUGUUGUCAUCAGAUUCGUUUAGCGCCAGCUUAUUAGUAGAGUUGACACAUUUUCUGCUGGACAAGCACCUGACUAGCGUGUAAUCAAUACCUUCCUCUAGAAAUCGCUUGUUGACACCAAACGGAAUAGAAUUCUCCGUGACGCAUUUCUCCACACCCUUUGCUUUUUGAUGAACUCUCGUCUCUGUAAGACUCUAGUAGGCAUACGCUUUUGCCCCCAGUGCCACAAACUCUGUCAUGAUUUUUCUGCACAGUUCGUCCAUCAUCAAACUCACAUCUUUCUUGUUAUUACCGAUCGCAAGUGGCUUUGC